AUGCCUGUCACGAAAUCCGAGAAUCCCAUCAAUUUCAAGAUGCUCAUCGAGCACGAGCGUCUUCAAGAGAGUCCUAACCGGCAAAGAAGUGAGUUCUUUGUAGCAAAACUUGAGGUAGAAUAUGAAGUUUCACCGCUUUAUCAAGUAAAGUUGAAGGGCAGGGGUCAAGAGAGUUGUGAGGCAGGUUCCUUGGGACAUCUUGAGGAGGUCGUGGAAGGAGAAGGGGUUGUAGGUGGUGGUGUGGUAGAGGAGGAGGGUUUUGAGGAACCAAAGAGGAUAAUGAAGGAGAGUGGUGGAGAAG